AUGAACGUCACCAAGGUCGGGAGGAUUGCCUUUUUGCGCGCAGCGAGGCUUUCGACGCGCAGGACUGACGAUGCCAUAGUUAUUGACCAACUCACCCAUCACGAACACCCUCCUCAAGACAUGCCUAGCAGAAUCAAGCGCCGUAGACUCUCCGACGCCGCCCCAGAACCAGAACAGGACGUCACUCAAGCCGACUCGAGAUCUAUCAUCGUGCCAGGGUUCCCGUUAGAAGGAGAUCCCUUCGGCCCACACUGGAGUAUCGCAGAAGAUGCAGGCAGCUACAACCCUCCCAACGCCCCAAACAUCGACGUCUCCCCCAAAGUCACCCAACAAGACUGGGAUCGCAUCAUGGCAUCUAUCCCACCCCACGAUCGUAUCGGCCUUCUCAAACAAGACUACCACUUCAACAACAAAUGGCUGAUCGGCAAACCCAUGUUCCCUCACCAACUUCCCGACCGCGCCAGAGCUGAUCUCAACAUGAUCGACGACGAGCAAGGCGGCUUUGAACCCCUCCCUCCUCCGAGUCUGCCCCACGAUGAGCAGCUUUGGAGCUUGCAUGCUCAGACUCAUACUUUUGAUCACAGCACUGAGAGUUUUGUGCCGGUUGAUCAGGAGCCGAAGCGUGCGGAGAAGAAGAGUUUGCUGACUGAGGAACAGAUGGAGAGGAAUGUCACAGGCUUCUUGACGAAAUCUCCCGCUGAGCGGUCGAAGCGUACCGCACAUGACGAGUUCUUUGCUCCGGAGGCGUAG